AUGACAUCCACGCUCAGUGAAGACCACGCUACGCUCGGUGAAAACCACGCCACGCUCAGUGAAGAACACAUCACAGUCGCAACCAAUCUCCAAACAAUUAAUCAGAAUCAUGAUUGGAACAGAACACCUUCUGGGCUUGACAAAAAGCUCAAAGAGCUAGGCUCGAAUACGCCCGAAAAUGCACGAGACAGAAUUCUGCUACAAGCCAACUUGGCGGCAUGGGUCGCUUAUUUCCUCGCUAGCACACGUCCUGAAAAUAACGACUUAGUACUCAAGAUUCAAAGCUUAAACGUCGAAGAGCUACAAACUAUAGCGGGUGCGAUACCAGAUACAGCCCUGGACGUGACUAGUUCUCUAAGCAAAGCUAUCUUCAACACUUCCCGAGGCUUCAAUCGUAGACGAUUGCUAUCAGCAGCUGGAGCAACAAGAUACGAUCCCGCCGACUUACCACCCCCCUCGAAACGUGCGCGACAAGAAAGUCUACAAAUCCCAGAGUCAACCCCUCCAGUUCUAAGCAAAGCCAACUCGGUAGAUGCUACAACGCCUGAACCACUAGCGCAACCACCAGUAUCUGAUGUUCCGACACAACAAUCGCAGUUGGUUAGGGAGGCUCCUGGCCCAGGCGUUCAUAAGUGGCCAUCAGCACUAGGCCUGCCGGAAGUAUUCCCAAGUUAUCUAGCUCGAAUCAUUGUCAAGGAGAACCAUAAGGCGGAUGUUACAGUCCAGUUUCCUGAUCACCCGAACACGGAAGGAUUGCUAGAGUGCCGUAUACUCGCCGCGCAUGUGUCACACGUUGCCAAGGAACUUUUUGACGCCCACAUACAUACCGACGCACCAAACAAGCCUCGAUGCUUAAUCAUUAAGCAUGGGGUUGAGGUUGAAAGCAGUGGUCAGAUAGUACUACGUCGCGCCUCACCUAGGGGGAUCUUGGAAAUUAUAGGGCCCUCUCUCAGCCGUACCUGUCUAGAUACACCCCGAAGUAUCUGGGAAAAUUGGGAUGGUGAAGAUCGCUCAAAUUCAGUUUCUAUGACUAUUGACCAGGAUUCUGCUCAACCUGGCACAUUGAGCAUGGCUAUAGAUAUCGAGACAUGUACAUCGAUCAAGAACAAGCUGUUCCCACAAUUUAGUGUAAAUUUCAACUCAAUCUAA